GUUGAAUGUGCUUUUAACAAACUCAGAGUGGGUCUUCUUUUAAAAUCGCAACUAUAUGCUCAUAAUUUCACCAGUGUUAGUGAUCCCUUUUGUAAAUGUGGAUUACCACAAACACCUUCUCAUUUUAUCUUAAAAUGUCCUCUGCUUGUAAACGAGCGUGAAACUUUAUUUGCAGGACUGCGAACUUCAGAUCUUCAUCUUUUGGUUCAGAGUUUGAACACAGUUGACAAAAUUCAGUUUCUUUUGUAUGGUCAUGAAAAUUUAGAUAAUUCAUUAAAUGAAAAAUUAAUAGAACUAAUGAGUCAUUUUGUGAAUCAAAGUUUGAGCCAAAUUGAUCGGUUUGGCUAAUUUUUGCAUGCAUGUGUUAACUCAUCCCUGGCACAUGGGAUUAUAGUUUCUUAUAUGAGUUUUAACA